AUGGAUCCGAUUGAAGCAGAAGGUAACAUAAACAUUAAUGGAAAGCACGAUGUCGAAUUAGAGCACACAGAGAGACUGGACGAUGUGCAAAAGCACGAGCCUUCUCCGUUGACCAAAGCCCAGACCCGGCGCUUCAAGACUAAGGUUGACUUUCAUGUCUUACCUAUGCUGGGUAUAAUUUAUGCAAUCUCCAUCAUCGAUCGUAUCAAUAUCGGCUCCGCCAAGGUCCUAGGAAUGCAGCAAGACUUGAAUCUAGGUACUGGACAGCGAUACUCGAUCAUUCUAAUGCUGUUCUUUCCAGGUUAUGCCAUCUCGGAUGUGCCGUCGAACUGGAUCUUAACCCGAGUUCAACCAAGGAUCUGGCUCCCUUUUCUCACUUUCUCGUGGGGCGCUGUAUUGACAGGUAUGGCAUUCCUACAUAAUUGGCAGGCGAUGGCUUUCUGUCGUUUCCUCCUUGGGAUAUUCGAAGGUGGUGUCCUGCCCGGCAUUACUUUCACGAUCGCGUGCUGGUAUACAAGGACAGAACUACACAAACGCAUAGCCGUGGCCUAUGGAAUCGGCAUCAUCGCUUCUGCACUCGCCGGCAUUCUCUCUUUCGGCCUGGGUUCCAUGGGCGGACUCCGAGACAUGAAAGGAUGGAGAUGGAUUUUUUCGAUCGAAGGAGGUGCUUCUAUGCUCGUUGGUCUCAUUGCACCUUUUUUUGUGCCUAGGUUUCCUGAUUCCUCCAAAUGGAUCAAACCGGAUGAGCGAAAAUAUCUUUAUUCAAAACUCGAACAGGAUCGUGGAGACUAUAAGACCGAAGUGGUGAAUUGGUCUUCCUUCGUGAAGACUUCCAAGGACUGGACGCUCUGGGUCCAAGGGACGAUAUACGCCUUCAACGUCGGGACGGCAAAUGCGACGGCAUUUUUUGCUCCAACCAUCAUCACGGGUCUCGGUUAUUCCGGGUUGGAUGCCAGUCUUCGCUCUGGGUAUCCGUUCUUUGCGGCGCUCGGUCUUUUGGCGAUCACCUCGACAGUGUCCGAUAGAUACCAAAAGCGAGCAUCUGUGUGUAUUUUCAACUCCAUCGUUAUGAUCAUUGGUUUCACAAUUAUGCGCCGAGGGUUUUCCAAUGAAACUCGAUACGCAGGUAUCUUCUUGGCCACCAUGGGCGUGCACUCCAAUACCCCAGCCUUGUUGGCCUUUAAUCAGUCCAACGUGAUUGGAUCAGCUGGUCGAGCGGUGUCUGCUGGGAUUCUCAUUGCGUGCGGAGCCAUAGGAGGGAUCAUCGGAAGUCUGAUCUUCCGUGGUCAAGAUGCCCCUGCUUACGGUCCUGGAAUUUACACUACGAUCGGCCUGACAACUUACAUGGUUUUCGCUUUGAGCUUCAUGAUCUGGAUUUAUUGGAAGCGCAACAAGGCAGCGGAUAGAGAUGGUGUUGAUAUCGCAGGGGUUCCAGGAUUCAGAUAUGCCUUGUGA